UUUCCUCCAAAACUUCCUCCCUAUUCUCCCCUUCCCCUCCAUCGUUCUUAUUUAUAUGGUGCUCUACUCCCACCAUGUGUGGUCAGUGUAGUGGUCUGGGUCAUAUAGGUAAAACCCGCCUCCCCCAUCUCCUCCUCCGCUUUAACCUUUCCCAUGAAGAUUUUAUUCUUUUAUUUUAUCAGGUCUUUGUGUUUUUCUUUUAUGCAUUGCUUGCCCUAUAAUUCAAUCCUGAAAUCAACUUGGAAAAUUUGCAAGAUUUGAAAAGAUAUCUGGUCGGAUUUUGCUUUGUGGGGUGCGUGGAAUUUGUUGUCAAGGUCUCAUUUUUUUACUACAAAAUACGCCUCUCCUCUUCUACUCUCCUCCUUCCAUUAUAGAGACAACACCACAAAAGCCAACCCAACCCAACCCAACAAAAACAAAACAAUACAUAGCAUAACCAAAACCAAAAACAAGAAUCUUCUUCUGUAUUAUUGCGCUCUAUAUUGAGGUGAUAUUGGAUCUGGAGUUUGAUGCAAUGGCAAUAACAGGGGAUUCACUCUCCCAGUUUCAUGUUUUAGCUGUUGAUGACAGCUUAAUAGAUAGAAAGCUGAUUGAGAGGCUUCUCAAGACAUCAUCCUAUCAAGUUACUACAGUUGAUUCUGGUAGCAAAGCCUUGAAAUUUCUGGGAUUACAAGAAGAUGAACAAAGCAACCCAGACACACCUUAUGUUUCUCCUAACAAUCAUCAGGAAAUGGAAGUGAAUCUUAUUAUUACAGAUUACUGUAUGCCUGGCAUGACAGGCUAUGAUUUGCUCAAGAAAGUAAAGGAAUCAUCAUCUCUCAGAAACAUACCUGUAGUGAUCAUGUCAUCUGAAAAUGUUCCUUCAAGGAUCACCAGAUGUUUGGAGGAGGGAGCCGAGGAAUUUUUCUUGAAGCCAGUAAGACUAUCAGAUUUGAAUAGGCUUAAACCUCACAUGAUGAAAACUAAGAUCAAGAACCAAAAACAAGAAGAGCAAGAAGAGCUUGAAAUACCAGCUAUUCAGUCAGAAGAGCAGAAACAACCAGUGCAGCAGCCAUCAUCACAGCCACAGCCUGAGUCACAACCACAACCAUCAGCACUACUACUACAGCCCAACAAUAACAAGAGGAAGGCUAUGGAAGAAGGGCUUUCACCAGAUAGAACCAGACCUAGAUACAAUGGCAUCACUACUAUGGUCUGAUAAAUCAUGGGGACUUUUCUUUUACAAUGUAAUUCAGAUAAUAUUCUCUCCCCUUUCUAGACGUUAAUGCUGGUUAAUACAGGCUCAACAGAAGUGUAGAAUAGAGUUGCUUCAUCUAUACAGUUUUUACAUGAAAAUAUUUCAUUCCAAUUUUGUCUUUGCUAAUUAAGCUAUAAGAAAAAAAAAAAUUGUAACUUAAAUUUGGAGUUGAUCCGAUGAAUGUUAUAAAUGUUACAGGCUCUUAUAAUUGUUAAA